CCAAAAUUGUACUUUUGCCCCGCGACAAGUACUUAAAGCCACUUCCAAACUUCCGCUCUAUUGAACGGCACACACGACGUAACGUUAAAAGCUUCUGUCAACUUCUAACAUGGCAAAAGAAGCUCAACUCACCGACGAAGAGAAAGGGUCCAUUGCGGCCUUUCACUUGGUCGGAAUGUCCAACCGCGCCAUCGCCAAGACCAUGGGAAGGUCCAAGGAUGUAGUACGCAACUACAUCUUGGACCCUCAAGGCUACAGUACUUAAAACAGCCUUCUACGGCCGAAGUUACUGUUUGUACUUUACUUGGAGUAUAAGACACCAGGGUUGGGUGCUGGAGUACUGUUAGCCAAUGUGAUCGACUUCUUGGACUCCACGAGAAGCCCCAGUUGUUGCCUUGAGUGUAUUCGUGCGGUGGCAUCACACAUCGCUUCCAUUUCCAUACUAUUACUGUAUACUACAGUAGUUAUAAUGUUCAUGUGAGUUGUUUUCUCAAAUGUCGAAGAAAUGAAGAAAUGAUUGGCUGAAAAUAAACAACUACAAGAAUGCUUGACCAAUCAAAACCGCGGAAGAAUCCGCGCUCAACUUUGAUAAUUACCAUGGCAGGAAGAACACCCAACACGACAGCCGAGCUGACCGACGAAGGACUCAUUGCGAACGACCGCGUGGUGCUUGACUUUGCGAGCGCCAACGAGGAAGUUGAAGAAGAGGACGAGGCAGAAGAAGGCGGUGAACGACCGGCGAAACGCCAACGUCAGGAGAAGGACACGACCAAGGCAGUGGAGGUACCGCUCAAAGCGACAUUCGACCGCGUGGACAAGAUCAACAACACCAUCAUGCGAGUCACAGGGAACGACGACAGUGGCUUUUGCAUGUUCAACACGUCGUCGUCGUACCCCAUGAUGAUGGUGUACAAGAAAGAAAUUGCCGCGUCGCGCAAGCUCCUGAAGGCCAAGAAACCUCAAGAUGCGUUUUGUAUCGCCAUGGCGGCGUAUUUGAGCAUGCAGGAUUACGACGUAUGGUACCACGACACGGAAGACCCUCGUACCGUGGAGCUGUUGUUUACGGCGUACUACAAGCUGUGGAACGACAUCUUCAAGUCUGACGACACCACGCUUGGACUCAAAGGACGCGAGGCGUUGAUCCAUGAGCUGAGCAAGUUUGGCAAUGGCGCCAAGGAUGACCUUGAGUACAACUUUCCAUGGUUUUUCAAGGCGUAGUUUAGUAUUCGUGAUUGAUCAUAACCAGCUACUAUAACAUAACAUUGUAAAUACACUUGCACCUCAUCGUGAGUUUGAC